AUGUCAAAUCUUGCCAAACUUGAAUUGGCCGCCCUAGACAUCUCAGGCAAAAAUUAUUUGUCAUGGGUGUUAGAUGUUGAAAUUCACCUAGAUGAUAAAGGUCUAGGGAAUACUAUAGUAGAAAAUAAAGAAGCAUCUAACCAAGACAAGGCAAAAGCAAUGAUUUUCAUCCGCCAUCAUCUACAUGAAGGAUUAAAAGUGGAAUAUAUCACUGUGAAAGACCCUCUUGAGUUGUGGAAAAAUUUGAAAGAAAGAUUUGACCAUCAGAAAAUAGUGAUCCUCCCUAAAGCUCAUUAUGAUUGGAUGCACUUACGGCUGCAAGAUUUUAAGACUGUAAGUGAAUACAAUUCAGAACUUUUCAAAAUUAGUUCUCAAUUGAAAUUAUGUGGAGAGAACAUAACUGAUAAGGAUUUAUUAGAGAAAACCUUUUCAAACUUUCAUGCUACUAAUGUGCUCCUGCAGCAGCAAUACCUGGCUGAACAAAAUAAUGAGUUGUUGAUGGAAAAUUAUGGUAUUCGUCCCACUAGUACUGCACCACUCCCUGAAGUGAAUGUUGUAGUAAACAGUAACUAUGGAAAUGAAAAAUAUAAAGGUUGCGAUUGUGGUCGUGGUCGUGGACGUAGUGGGGGACGUGGUCGAGGACGUACUAGUAACCGCUAUCAUGGUGUUCAUAAUAGUGGUAUUUCUAACCACUAG